AUGAUGCGUGCUCAUUACUUCCUCGCACUCCUCACCUUCCUUAAUCCACUCUUCGCCGCAGGCGCUUCUGCUCCGACUGGUGAGUGGAAGCCUGUAGACCUCCGCGACCCGCUUGUGACAGAUAUCGGAAAGUUUGCAGUUAUCGAAUACAACCAGCGAUAUAAGACGGACUUGUUCUUUCGGAAGGUGACUAAAGGCACCUACAAGGAUGAAUAUUAUUCGCCGUAUUCGAAUGCCACCUUGUAUCAGCUUGUCCUUAUUGUUGAUGCUGACUCAAGUCCUGACCCCAAACUUGCAGUUUAUCAGACUACUGUCUUCCGUAGGCAGUGGGAUCACUUGCUGAAAUUGCGCACCUUUGUUAAGAUUUCAAAAUAA